UCUCCACAAUCCAAUUUUUUUUAAAAGUUUCAGCGUCCACGGCUUAGAGGGGGGUGGCGGUUGGGAGUGGGAGCCGACGGGAACUGAUCUUCUCAUUAAGCUGCUGUUGAUUUUCUGGAAAUCCGAGAAUGCAAAUUCGAAUUGGAGCAACAAAUUAAAAUUGAGCAUUUCGAGUGCGCCUGGUCUGUGCCCUGCUGGCUGUGCUCGGCUUGGCUCUCUCUCGCUCAUCUCCGUGGCUCGUUUUGCCAAGCGUAUCUGUCUUAAAGCAAUCAAAAUGGACUUUACGGCGGCAUUGCCGAUAUUUCCGGAAUGGGUGGAAUCUGCAGUCCACGUGCUAACCAACCUGCUGAUAAACCAUCCUCGGGCAGUGGUCAUGACCGGACUGGUCAUUUGCAUUGGUCAUAUCGUUUUCAAGAAAAUCAUCGAUCCACAACUCUACGACGACGAGCUGGAGAAGCAUUACGACUCAUUUUACUGGGAUGAUCCCGAGUUUUGCAAAGCCUACCUA